AUGCUCACGAAAUCGGUAGCCACGCCUUUGUUGGCGCUUUCUUCGCUCGUGUCGCAGGUCUCUGCGGUCUCAAAGAGGCACUGGACUAAGCGGAGCGAUGCCAUGUAUCUGCCAAAAGACACUACAGACUUCAAGACUGCUACCGCCCCUAAUAAUGUUAAGAUUCGGUACAAGAACCCUGGAAUAUGCGAGACUACGCCUGGUGUUAAUAGCUAUUCUGGCUAUGUGGACCUCACACCCAACAUCCACGUUUUCUUUUGGUUCUUCGAAUCGCGUAGCAACCCAGCUUCAGACCCCUUCACCUUGUGGUUGAAUGGAGGACCUGGAGCUGACUCGCUCAUUGGACUCUUUGAGGAAAACGGGCCGUGCUCCGUCGAUAAGAACCUUACGGUUACAUCGAACCCUAACAGCUGGAAUAACGUUUCAAACAUGUUGUACAUCUCUCAGCCUGUUGGUGUUGGUUUCAGUUACCAGAAGGAAGGUGUUGGUAGCCUCAACGAGUACACCGGCGACUUCCUUUAUAACUCCACCCGUAACCCUGCUGAUGGCCGAUACCCAAUCUUGGAUCCAUUGAACGAGGGCACUAUUGAUACUACCGAUCUCGCCGCUGCUGCCACAUGGAACGUCUUCCAGGCUCUUCUAGCCACCAUUCCCAAGUUCGAUGCUAAGAUUGGAGCUCUCAACCAUUCCAGGGAAUUCAACCUCUUCACCGAGUCGUAUGGAGGUCACUAUGGCCCUACCUUCUACAGCUAUUUCGAGAAGCAGAACGCCAAAAUUCAGAACGGAAGCAUCCCUGGUUUCCCCAUGAACUUCAACUCGCUUGGUAUAAUCAACGGCAUAAUCGACGAGGCCGUCCAGGCUGAAUCGUACCCUGAAUUUGCAAUGAACAAUACCUACGGAAUCAAGGCUUAUAACGACACCGUCUACAGCUUCGCCAAAUUUGCAAACAACAUGUACAACGGCUGUGUCGCACAAAUCGCUAAUUGCCGCGCUGCUGCCGAAGGCAAUGCGAGCCACUACCACACUGACGCGCGCAUUACCCCAGAACAACUGACUACUGGUGUCAAGGCGAUCUGCAGCGAAGCUCAAAGCAUGUGCCGUGACAAUGUCGAAGCGCCUUACUACUAUUACAGUGGUCGUGGCACCUACGACAUCCGCUUUCAGUACGACAGCGCGCAGCCCAUUUCUGGCAGAAUAGACUACCUCAAUUUGCCAUAUGUCCAGGAGGCGCUCGGUGUGACGGUGAACUAUACAGAGUUGAAUGGCGCAAUCUAUUACGCUUUCCAAGGCACUGGUGAUUGGAUAUUCCCCAACUUCAGGCUCGAUCUUGAGUACCUGCUCAACAAGGGUGUACGCGUUAGCCUGGCAUAUGGCGACGCUGACUACAUCUGUAACUGGUUCGGUGGCGAAGCCAUCAGUCUAGCACUCGAGUACAAACACAGCGCCGAGUUCCGCGCCGCCGGCUACCAAGCCAUGAUGGUCGAUGGCACAGAAUACGGCGAGGUACGCCAGUACGGCAACUUCAGCUUUGCGCGCAUUUACGAGGCUGGUCAUGAGAUUCCUUACUACCAGCCUCUCGCUGCUCUGGCCUACUUCAACCGUACCCUCAACCACUACGACAUCGCCACUGGUGAAAUUACUGUCACUGCAAACCUUACCUCUAGUGGGCCCUCAAAAGCUCAGCAUACGGAAUCUUACAGGCCGAUGCUUAGUUCGAUCCCUCCGAACGUCGCGACGCCGAUUUACCCAACGCCUACUCCGGCUUAG